CACACCCGGAAGUCAUGUCCAUUGAACCUACCGGCUUCUUGAAGUUGUAUUCCGUCCUAUGGUAGCGCCUUCUGUGGGACGGACGAGAGAUGUUGCUGCUGGUGCUGAGUGCCCUCCUCCUACUCUUCUGCAACCUGGACGUGUGGUACUUCCUGCGGGGGGCCCAGGUCUUUGUAGAAGCAUGGUUCCUGCCCAGAAUAGAAGACAUACUAGCUGAACAAAGCAUUGACGGCAUGGUUCUUCCCAAUGAUUUAGACUACCUCGGCCACAUGAACAACUCUCGCUAUCUAAGGGAGUGUGACUUUGCCCGCUUCCACCACUACAUGAGAAACGGGCUGUUCAUGGCCUCACGCAAACUGGGGGUCAGAUUGGUAGUAGGGGCCUCCACCAUUCGUUACAGACGCUCUUUGGCCUUCAGAGAGGCUUUCCAGAUUCGUACCAAAGUGUUAGGCUGGGAUGAGAAGGCCUUCUAUCUAGAGCAGCGCUUUGUGUCCAAGAGAGAUAGUUUUGUUUCUGCAGUCAUGCUUUGUAGGCAGAAUGUGGUGGGCAUCAGCCCAGAAAGCAUCAUUGAGUUCAUCUACAAGAAGAAGAUUGAGUGUCCACAGUUUCCAGAGGAACUCAAACACUGGAUCAGCUUUAUUUCAGCCAGCAGUCAGGCACUGAGAGCAGAGAGUGGCCUUGAGGACAAGAACAAAUGAAGACGCACCAAGAUUCUUUGGUAUCAUGAGUGGAGACGCAUAUCUCUGCAUUGCACACACUCAGACCUACCCACACCUUUUAGAGGGUUUUAGUCGACUUCUAAUACUUGAUGUUUUCUGAUUUGGGGCCAGUCAUACUCGCUGUUUAUUUAUAUUUGGUGUGUUUGGUGUGAAAAAAAAUAUUUACUUCAGUUAAAUAUGUAUAAAACAAAAAAUUGGAAGUGUUUGAAAUGUUCAGUUUUAAAGAGAGGGACUCCAGAACAAAGCUUUAGUCCUGUGACUACCAAUUAGUUUACAGUGAGUAGGCAGGUAUCAGACAUUUUUAUUUAAAAAACGUCAUUGAAUUUCACAGUAGCAUGUAGCGUAAACAUCAAAAAUCCACUGGCAUAACUGCAUGUUUCAAAACAGUAAAAAUAUUUUUCAAGCCUGUUCCUUAUAGUUUAGAACCAGAGAGAAUAACUUGGAAUGAAAACCCCAAAUCAUGUUAAGGGAAUACUUGAAUGGAUAUAUUAAGCAUGAUAAAGUUUAACCAUAUGACCAGUAUUUUUUAAACGGGUUAAUCCCUGUUAACAAUCUGAAAGGGAAUACUGUAUUUUAAAAAGUACUAAAUAUAUGUUUAUCUGCACUUUAUUUUUCCAGAUUAGGAAAAAACAGCUAUUUAAAAAUAGAAAACUUGGUUGGAUCUGCAUGUGAUUUUACAGAGAAUGUUGUCUUGAUUGGCAGGUAUUAUAAAGCAAAGGCUAACAUGAGGUUGCUGGCAACUUUUCAAAACCUGCAACACAAGAAAGAUGGAGGGCUUGAGGGCUCUUAUAGAAAAAAUAUUUGAAAUGUCCAAAGUUGGCACUUAUGCAUCAGAGCUUCCUUUUUGUGACCAAAUCAAUAUUGUCCUCUAGAGAUUUUAGAUUUUUUUUAAAUGUAUGCCCAAUCUUUUAUGUAUUUAUGCUCUCAAUACAAAGUUUAAAGAAAUCCUGGUAAAAACCUUGAAGUUUGAAGAUAUUAAUUGAAUGUUUAUUCCAUUUACUGUUCUUUGAUUUGUGGACAUAGAUUUAUUUAUCAAACAU